ACUGAAACCCUUGGAUGAUUAACAGGCGACAUGUAACUCAUUUGGAUUAUCAGAUGCAUUACAAUUAUUGAUUUCAAGUGUAGCAGCGCUGGUCGCGCGAAUGGUGGAGGUGUCAUGAGCACCGUGUGUACACUGCACGAGACGCGACAUAAUUAACGUUAAUACAUCCCCAUUAUAAUCAAUAAUCUUCUCGCACUGGCAUUGUAGCUUCGUUUAAUAUAAUGGGCGUGUUCUUGUUUUGUUUCUUCGCGUCGCUCGCUUGCAGUGUAAAUGGGGUGUUAGAGCCUGUUGGCUCGUGUGUGGUUAGCAUUAGCCAGUUAGCUUUAGUGAUGGGAAGUCUGACUCUUCUCUGCGAAUCGGUUCUUUUGGAGAGUUCGUUAAAAAACUGGGUUAAGUGAUUCAGAUAUUACGUACGCUGCCACGUAAUUGCGUCAUCUCGUGGUCACUGUUUUGCCAAAUUGUGAUAUUAAUAAAGUAACGUGUCUUAUUUCAGUUGUUGUUUAAAAACAAAAUCUUUUUAAAACCUUAAAUAUUUUUUACAUGAUUUUACUUUACAUAUUUUUACUAACGUUUUUGCACGUGUUGAUAAAGCUGCCAUACAAUCACAUCGUAAACAUAUCUACAAUACAUUUUAAUUGUAACAUUUCCGCUAUGUAACUAUUAAAGUCGUUUCACGUUUCGGUUCACUCGAAAUGCUCCUUACUGUCAGUUAUUUGAUUCAGCUAGUUUCGUGGACGAGUCGUUCGGACAGGUCUUGUGAACCGGUUCAACCACUAUAUUGAACAGAUCCGACUCAAAAGAACGAUUCGUUCACGAAUCGGACAUCGCUAAGAACCUUUUAAACGAAACACACAGCGCGCCAGGAGUUAAGACAAAUUCUCCGACAUGUUAUCUUUUCGUUAAAACACUUGUUAUGGCUUUAUUACAUUCUAGUGUGGAGUAAUUUUAUUGUAUAGAUUAUUCUGGAAUGGCUUACAGAAGAAACGCAUGCUAGCUUGCGUAUGUGUUGGUGUGAUAAAGCUUUUGGUUUGAAGCGGGUUUAAUUUAGCGGAAAUGUUCUUUAAACAGGGAUGAUCUCAGACAAUAGUCAGAUGAAAGCGUCUUAUCAUGUAAUCAUCACGCACAUUAUGCAAUCAGUUGAACCCAGCAGGCCUCUGUGCUGCAAUGAAGUCUAGAUUCCUGUCAGCUGUCAAGAGACUGUACAACAUGUCAAAGGCAAAGUUUGGGAGGAAUUCUUUUAAAUAGUGGUUUUAUGAAGUGUCACAGGAAGUAGUUGAUCUAAAAUGGGAGACGAUCGACCGUUUGUCUGCACUGCCCUGGGCUGUGGACAGAGGUUUACCAACGAGGACCAUUUGGCAGUGCACAAACAUAAGCAUGAGAUGACGCUGAAAUUCGGACAAGCUAGAACAGACACCGUUAUCAUAGCAGAUCAGACACCCACUCCCACUCGAUUUCUUAAGAAUUGUGAGGAGGUGGGUUUGUUUAGUGAGCUAGCUGGCUCCUUCGAGCAAGAUCUCCGCAAAACACAAGAGGAGGAGGAGAGGAGAAUAAAGGGCACGCUUCCAGCUCUACAGACACUUACAGAAGUUAAAGAGAGGGAGGGGCAUCUUGAGAUUGACUCCUCCCCUCCAGAAAGCCCUGACUCCGCCUCCAGCAUGACAAACAGCAAAGAUGCAGUUGCCAUGGCAAAAGAGCCUAUUGCCAUGAGGAAAGCCAAGGAUGUUCCUCCACGAACUGCAGCAAGUUCCACCCCUACACCAACCAUAGUUCGCCCAGGCUCUCUCCCACUUCACCAAGGAUUCGACUCCAUGAAUCCAACUCAGCCCUCUCCCACCUCUGUUAUCACCAGGACCCCUCCGUCAAACAGACUCAGCUCGCCGUCUGGUUCUUUUCCUAUGCUGAUGCAGCUUCCAAAUGGUCAGACUGUUCCUCUGCUGCCCAGUCCAGGGCAGACUUCAGUCAUAUCGCUUGCCAGAUCAUCAAACCCAGUGCCCAAUAUCCCAGGGAUUCCAGGCCCUCCUAUUGGUGGAAGCAGCAGUGGCUCCUCCUCUCCGUCUGGAUACAGUACACACUCUGAUGCCAAGACGAGGCUAAAAGCAGCACUAUCUCAGCAGAGUCCUAGUGGACCAGCACCAAUACAAAAAACAGAUCAGACUGAGACACCAUCACCUGCUCAACCACAGGUAUCCCCUGCUCCACCAAAAGGAGGCCGCAGACGACGAGGGGCAGAUAUUGAGCCGGAUGAGCGCAGGCGUCGUUUCCUUGAACGGAACAGAGCCGCUGCUUCCCGUUGCCGGCAAAAACGGAAAGUGUGGGUCAGUGCCCUGGAGAAACGCGCUGAGGAGCUAGCUACUUCUAACGUCACGCUUACUAAUGAAGUGUCCGUGUUGAGGACUGAGGUGACACGUCUGAAGGAGCUGCUGUUGGCCCAUAAGGACUGCCCUGUUACUGCCAUGCAGAAAAAAGCAUAUCUCGCUGCAGGAGUGGAUGAGAUUUCAGCAUCGGCGUUGGUGAUGCCUGUGUCAGUACCGGCUCCGGUGUCGGUUAAUGGUCUGAGUGUGCGUGCGGCAGAGGCUGUUGCUGUUUUAGCGGGAAUGGGCUCGGGCCAGUGGAGUAACACAGCUGGAGAUGCUUCCUCCCAAUCGCAGCCCACAUCCAGAUGAUGAGCAUAUCGUUCAGCCAAUGGGAACUCAAUAUACUUUCAAAGGAGCGAAUCCCCCUUUCCCCUCAAAACUGUCAGUCCUGGUGUGUUUGUAAAUGCUCUCAUGUGACAAAUGGGAACCAAUGUUACCACGCUCUGACCACACCCUGCUCACCCUUAGCCUAUCACAGACUCUCCCCCGGGCUAAGUAGUGACAUCAUAGGACUCCCCUUUCAGACUGCAGACUAGGAAGCACUGCAGUGGAAAUGAAGUCUCUUCUGUCAUCUCUAUAAAAUACACCUUUACAUAUACUUGUAUAGAUCUUCUCACUAAUGCAUUGAGUUGAUAUUUGUCUCGUUUGCAGGAAUUUCUGCUUAUUUUGCUUUUUAUCCAAUGGUUUUUAUAAUAUAAUGAUUCGUUGCAUGAUUCUGGCCACAUUAGAAAGAUGAUUGCUACAUUAUGCAGAUAAGUUUAACACAUUUCUCUGUGACACUAUCUCUCACAUACUCACUCUUACCAUUUUUCCCAGUUUCCCUUUCUCUCUUCUCCUCUCUGGCUUAAUUUUACUGUUGUAUCUAAAGUAACCUCUCAGGUCUGUGCUUCUGUGGCUGUUUUGGUGAAGAUCGUGUCCCACAUUUAGCGUAACCUGGCAUUGCAGAAUGGGCUCACAAAAGCUUAAGAAUGGAGAGAAAAUAUAUUUUUAUAUUUGAAUAUCGUUAUUGGUUUGUCUGCGUUUUGCAAUAUAUAUAUAUAUAUAUAUGGAUAUAACGGGUAGCGUAACCAUGUGAACAUGUUUUAGAUCAGUAUGAUUACGAUAUGCUCUGCUGAAUUAUAGGUAUCUUUAACCAAAAUACAUAAAUCUUUUGCAUUUAUGUUAGACCCCAAAGUUUAAGUGCAUCUGGUCUCAUAACAGGGAACACACACACAAAAACUCACGCGUAAUGACUCUUAUGCUUGCAUUUCGUG